CAGAAUCGGCCUUUCGGCCUCAUGAAAUGGCCCGGUGGGCCCCAUCGUUCCGAUGGCUACUGACACUGCCGAUCUCUGUCUUUGGUCAAUAUGACUUUCCAGUUGACAGCUGCGCGUGUCAUAUCUUCUACGAACAUUGGGUGCAGAUGCAGUUGGUGAUCUCCAAAGUGUUGACACCAGACUUUCCAGAGAAGGCCUUGGACGAGACUUCGGGCGUCCGUGAGGCCCUUGCCUUUGACAGCUGCCAGGACCUGCGGAAGGUGAAGAAUUCCUUGGCAUGGACAGUAUCCACGGCGGCGCAGACCGAUUGCUCGCCGGGCCAGAUGAGCACCUUUAUCAUGUGUUCGCAGUUGGCUCUGUUAAAGAACGACUUCGAACUGGCGCUGAUGUAUUCUGAGAUUGCAAACUAUCAGCUGCCAUUUGCUUCCAAUUGUAUGGAUCCGGGACAAUGGACCUUGCGACCUGAGGACGUGCUUCACAACCACCGCAAGAUGCUUCGCUUCUCACUGGAAGUCCCGGACCGGGACCUGACACCGGACCAGGUGAAGCACCUCCUGUGGCAGCCGGUGACCGGUUUUCCGACGCGGAAAAACAUGGCAACUCGGGAUGGGGGUCAGUGGCGGUUGGGACGAAUAUCGCCAAUGAUGGCUCAGAUUACUAUAGUGAUACCCGAAUUUGGAUGGUUGGGCACAAAAUAUGAUAAAUAUGUAGAUAUAUCACGACAGCAAUCUGAUAUACACUGUAUAGUUGUAUAG